AUGACUUCAAUCCGCACAAACGGGGACGAGAUCGAAAUCGUCGACCAGCUCUUGUUGCCCCACGUCGUCCGCUGGGUGCCUGUGCUCACGCCCGAAGACGCAUACGAUGCGAUCAAGUCGAUGAAGAUCCGGGGCGCACCUGCGAUCGCAUCCCUCGCCGCUCUCUCCAUAGCCCGAUACAUCUCGCUAGCGCUCAGCGCCUCCCCUCCCCCGAGCUGGCUCUCCACCCCCGCAGCGCUCUCUUCCCACCUCUCACCCAUCCUCGAUCACCUCCUUACCUCCCGCCCCACAGCUGUAAACCUCUCCCAAGCCAUAACGCGCAUCCGUUCCGUUUUCUCUAAAGGGGAGGCACAGCUCCUCUCAGGCGGGGACACGGCUCUAGCUGUGAUUGCUGAGUCCCGCGCAGUAGCAGACGAAGAUGUCGGGCGAAACAAAGCUAUGUCACGUCUCGGUGCGGAAUGGGUACUCGCCAUGCUUGAAGCCGAAGGCACGGUCGCACCUGGGGAGCCUAUCAACGUGCUCACGGUGUGUAACACCGGCUCCCUCGCUACAUCAGGCUACGGCACUGCGCUCGGCCUGAUCACGCACCUGCACGAACAGGGCAGGCUUGGGCGAGCGUUCUACACCCAAAGCGCGCCGUAUCACCAAGGCACGCGGUUGACUGCUCUCGAACUCCUUACGCUGGGCGUGCCGAGUACGAUGUUAUGCGAUACGAUGGUCGGUUCGCUUAUGCAGCAUUUUAAGGUGCACGCUGUGGCGGUGGGUGCGGAUAGGGUGGCGAAGAACGGGGAUACGGCUAAUAAGAUCGGGACGUAUAACGCUGCUGUCUUGGCUAAACGACAUGGGGUGCCGUUCCUCGUUGUAGCGCCAGUGAGCACGCUGGAUCCAAAGACGCCAUCCGGGAAGGAGAUACCGAUCGAGCACCGGCCGCCAAUGGAAGCUGUCCUCGCGAGGGGUGUUGCCUACCCUCCCAAAGAAGGCGUGGAGGCGGAGCAGGUGGUGGUACAGAUCGCACCGCCUAACCUGUCGUUGGAGGGGAUCUACAAUCCGAGCUUUGACGUUACCCCUGCUGAGCUGAUCACGGCGAUCGUUACGGAAAAUGGGGUUGUGGAGAAUAAGGGAGGAGAGGUAAUUGAUCUGAGUAGUGUGCUGUGA